CUUGCUGUGGGGGUAAUGGCGGUGUAGUAGAGUAUCUGUGCGCAGUGCGUCUUCGUUAUAAACAUUAAUUGUUUGUUCUUACGACGGAGGCGUUCAGUGCGUGCGACAAAACAAGUUAUCGCGCGAAUAAUUAGUGCGUACAGACGCAGCUACACUACAUGCUGCAAUAUUCCUAAUAAUUGUCUCGUGCACAUUUGGAAAACUGCUCACAAUGAGUUUUGGAGGUAGCACAUCGCAGGAGACGAUUCCCAAGUUUAAAUCGUUCGUAUCCGAAAGUGAGCUUGAAGAAAAGCGCAGAAAAAGGCAAGAAGAAUGGGAAAAAGUAAGGAAGGCGGAUGAUCCAGUUGAGGCACCAGAAGAAGAAUAUGACCCCAGAUCAUUGUUUGAACGACUAGAAGAACAACGACUGAAGAAGCAAGCAGAUUAUGAAGAAGCGCACAAGCUCAAGAACAUGAUUCGAGGAUUGGAUGAUGAUGAAGUCACAUUCCUUGAAUUUGUUGACAUGCGGAAGCAAGAGAUUGAAUCACAACGAAUGAAAGAAGAUAUGCAAGAGAUUGAGGAGUAUAGAAAAGCUGUUGCCACACUAUCUGAAGAGGCAUUGGAAGCUAAAAGGCAAGAAAUCAAGAAAAGUACUGUACUUGCUGCUGCAACUGGUCAAGGAAAGAAAAGUCAGCUGUCCUUGCUGUCGGCUGCGGUGAAGCGGAAGUGUGGAGACUCAAGUGGUGCUGAAAAGAAGCAGCGCACAAACAGCUCUGGUAAUGAAGAAAGGAGCCUGUCACCCAAGGAACAUGUAGGAGUGCAAGCCCCAGUGACCGCACUCCGUUGUCUUGGUGUCCUCCCCGGCCUCGGUGUAUACACAGACAGCAGUGAUUCAGAAAACUCUUCAUUCAGUGAUGAAGCAGACUUGGAGCUAGACCUUGUGGGACGAAGACGUCAGGCACCUAUGCAUCAGGCCGAGCGUUCUCCGAAGCCUAAUUAGGCCUUGCUUGUUUUAUUCAGCUGUGCUGCUGCAUACGUCAGUAGUGAACUGAAGUGUAGGACACAGUGUGGCAUGUACAGUCUAUAGUGUCAGAUGUGCAUUUACAGAUGCACUGACACCUGGUAUGUGGACGAUAUGGUUAUUGUUUAUUGAACUGACGUCUUGAAACACAGCCCAGAAAGAGAGCUUAGGAAAGCAUUGCCAUGUUGGGUCUAAAAAACUUGUUCCAAGGUGGUUAGAGUCAAAGGUGCAGCAUGAACAUCAGAAAUGCUUUUCUCAGACCUGCUAGUUUAUUGUGAAAACACCAAAAAAGGCAGUUUCAUCACUACAACUAAUAGCAUUUACAAUUGAGACUUCUCUCUUUUUUUGUUUUAAAUCUGCCGUAGUCCUGUUAGCUAAGAGGGGCAUUGCUUGUGACAAUGGUUAUUGCCUGUUCUAUUCUCUAAUGCUUGGAAGCUGUCUGAAGCUCCCUGUGCAUGGUAAGAACUUAUGCAAAGACUGCAUGAUGGUAGGCCAAUCGUAGAACAUUUGCCACUCGUAGCACAUGUUGGCAUUGAUUGUUUUAGCCCUUACAGUAUGAAAAGUGCAUGAGGUUUAUGUCCAAAUAACUUGAAUGUGAAAGGGGCCCUGCAACACUUCCUGAGCAUAGUUAGAAAAUGCUGCCAAUCAGUAGUCAAGGCUCCUGUGAAGAUAUAUUCCAAAUAACGUAGCACUAGACGCCGCAGGAAAUUUAUGUGUUGUUUUAAAUAUGGCCAGAAAUCGCUUGAUUCUCUAGCUCACUAUGAAACUGUUGGAACUGAUUGUGGUUGGUGGCAGGGACACGGCCAUUGGCUGACUUCAUGAUUGUGACACCUUCCCCAAUAAUAGUUAAUUUGUUUUUACUUUAGUAAUGAAAAAAAUUACAUGAAUAUCUUUAUCCUCGGAUAUGAAAAAAAUGCAUUUCAUCUUCGUACCUUCCAGUCUUAACCUAUCGUCAUCUGAUUAUUGUUUUGUGUUCUCCUAAGUCCAUGUGAAGCAGAACUUAGCAUACUUCACCUGUCUUAUUUCAAGCACUGCAUGCAGUGAUUGGUCCCUUACAUCAUAUUGAGCCUGCAAUGACAGUACUUACCCGUGCAUAUUCUAGUUCGCGAAACCACCUGUACGUUUUUCAGCACACGCUUAUGUUUGCCCACAUGCUUGACAAGCUAGACGCCUUGGCUGUGCUGCCUAAUGUGCGGUGUUUAUUUAUCUUCCCUCUCUCUUUAUCUUUCAUCUCCCCAUCCCCCUCUUAUGUGCAGGGUAGCAAACCGGCUGCCUAUAGGCUGGUUAGCCUCCCUGCCGUUCUUUUCCUGCUAUUUUCCUUCCUUCCUUGGCUGUCAUCGCUUGGUGCUUAGCCGGUUCAAAUCUUUUGAAAAUAUGCUAUCUGUAUUUGACUACUAUUGGAUGGCCGAGCCGAUGCAGGGCAAAGCCAGUCGGCUCAAUGUUCUCAAGGGGCUCAGCCAGUCUUCAACACAACAUUUGCACUUCUUAUGCUGCAUAAAAACUGUAGCCCCCACGACCUGGUGCGUUUUUGACACAUGGCACCUGUCCAUCCGGGAAAAAUAUAAGGAUGUUUGAAAAAAAUGCAAAAGAAUGGUCAAAGUCAUGCCAUGGCUCAUGUAGUUUUAAGUACGAUUGUAGACCAGGGGUUUCAAAUAUGCAGGCCGCAACCUCUCACUUGCGGCCUGUGGCGCAUGCAUGACUGUCUUCAUCCCGCAUUAACAAAAAUAUUGAUCAGUAUCUUUGUCAGCUACACAGGCAUGAUUGGUAUGAAACAUUGUUUGCGUGAGGCACCACAUGUAGUUCCAUGUGUUGAAAGCUAACCGUUCAACAAAUACUAUAUUUCAGAAUCAGCGUCGAGAUUUUAGUCAUUUUUGUGAUCAGUAUCGACAUGAUGGGGAAAUCUUGCACACCAAAUCUCGUUCAGUAAUGACCCGUAUAUGAGAUAUGGGAAAAGCUUUCUCUCCACUCCUGCCGCCCCUCCUGCUUUUACUUUAUUUUUUGUCCCGACCUUUGUAGGUGUAAAUUGCACUAAUGUGGCUUGCUCGCUGAGGUGAGUUUGAGACCUAUGGUCUUGACUAAAGAGAGGGAAUGCUCGGAGCCUGCAACAAAUCUAUAGCUCUGCUUACUCUUGAGAAAUACGAAAAUUUUUGUUACAAAUUUGUUAAGCAGUGAAUUCCUACUGUGACCUCAUUAAAAUGAUUACUUUAAGUUGUUGCAGGGCCCCUAAAAUGUGGUGGGUUCGUGCACACGUGAUGUGUUAGCAAUGCAUCUUUGAUAAUUCUGUCUUGUUGCUUAAAAUGGGGUUGCAUACAGGCUCUUAUACAAUUGCUUAGAAGGAAAACUGGUGCUGUGACUUUAUUGUAUGCAUGGCAAUGCUGGGAUGUGUCAGCUUCGUAUUGUUAUCGUUCAUGAAGAGCCCGGAUACCGUGAAGGCGUGUCUGGCUCGCAAUGGUUAAUUUAGUGCUGCAGUAGCACAUAUUAAGCUAUUGAUUAAGAGCAAAGCUCUUUAGACCUUCCCCUCACCAUCGCUGUUGAAGCUCCCUGCAUCGGGCAAGCACGCCUAGCAAAACAACAGAUGGGAGCGUAGGCGCAGAAACAGAUAGCUCGCGCUGCACAGCGCGCUUUGUGCACUCACCUGCUCAAUUGUUCCUGCCACCAAGCACAGCAGACGCUGUCCCCACCAUACCACUUUCAUGAAAGCCAGCAGCAAGUUCAGGCGCAUAGUCGUUUGCGUCCCAUUUCUAGGGAGUGUAACGAGGGAAGUAAGCAUGGAGCUCGAGUAUAGAAAAGGAAGAAGACUUGCUGUGAUCGCAGGCUUGUGUUCAGUUAGCCCUUGCGCUAAAUAAAGCUUUCGUUCGCCGAGUCAACUCCUUCUGGUUCAACACCCCGUUUCAGGAGCUUCACUCAUCAGUUGUACUCGUACAUGGAACAACUGCUAGUUUGUUUGUUUGUUUUUUAGUACUACAGACAAAGGAAUUUUAUUUAGCAUUUAAAACUUCUACAUUGUACAAUUUUAUGAAACGUGAAAACCAGCGUCCACUUGUGGAAAGCAGGUGACAAGGUCAGUGUUCACUCAGGCAGUUUUUCGUCUAUUCUUUUACCAUUUUUUUAUGUCCUGCAGGUGGAAAUUUUUAUUUUAGGAACUUUUAUUUUGCGUCCUAAUACAAAUGAAUAAGAUCCGUUUAGGAUGGUUUUGUUUUAGAGAAGCCUUUUUCAUGUAGUAUCCACGUCUGAGGCCGAGCCAGCUCCUUCAGCACCAGUCAACAAAAGCCUUUAAGACAUAUAUGUAGAUAGUCAUUCCCUAGAGGGCACAGCCCCUACUGGGAAACUCGUAGGCGGUGGCACCAGAUUACCCUCUUGGUAUUAUUGUGAGAAACUAUGGGUUCAAGCAUGAUACUUUUUUGUCACAAGAUGUGCCGAGUGCUUUAAAUAAGGGGGAGGGGUACAUCAGUAAGUUGUGGGUAGAUGUUGAAGAGAAAAGGAGAGCUGUUUGGGAACAGAUAAGGGGCAUUGGAAUGAAUAUAACUUGUUUGUGUUUUAACUGUACUGAGUAGCCUUGCCUAUUCUGCAAGGGCUACUAGAAGCUUUUUUUUCUUUUGUUCAUGUUUUAGUUGUGGCACAAUGUUAGAAUUCUUACAAGUUGCAAACAUUUUUAUGUGUGUACUUAUAGUGUGUCAUUCUUUUGUCAACAUUGUGUAAAUUGCUGACAGUCUGUUCUGUAAAAUUGCCUGUACAAUUAUGCUCGGGGGAUGUGCAAGUGAAGCACCAUUUGUGAGUGUCAAGUUCUCAUUGCAAGCUUUCAAUAAAGCUGGUUCAACCUUGAAAA